UGGUAACUGUAAGCAACAUUUUAGUGGAAACAUGACAGCUUCAAUGCUUUGUGCCUUGGCCUCGCUUUCCUUUAUUCUAAUUUGUAAAGGUUACUGUACAGAAAUUGUUGGAGGAACACCAUCCAUUCCCCACUCCAGGCCUUUCAUGGUUUAUCUGAAGAGUGGUUGUGGUGGCACCUUGAUAAAGCCUAACUGGGUGGUGACAGCUGCACACUGCUUUACAGUGAAUCAAGAAGUUCUCCUGGGAGCACAUUCUAUUAAAGACCCUGAAAAGGAAAAGCAGACAUUUUCAGUUAAGAAGUGUGUGAAAUAUCCACUUUACAAAAAGGGAAAAUAUGAACAUGAUAUCAUGCUAAUUCAGCUACAUGGAAAUGCAACCUUGACUUCAGCCGUAGACAUUCUCAGCUUGCCUGAGACUGCAAAAGAUGUUCAACCCAAUACCAAGUGUCUUGUUGCAGGAUGGGGAAAAACUGCCUACAAUGGAAAAGUGUCAGACGAUCUCAGAGAGGUCAAUGUUACCAUUACAGAUUGGUCAGUCUGCAAAGAUUCUUAUGCUAAGGUCAAAAAGAAUGUAACCAAGAAUAUGAUCUGUGCUGGUGACAAGAAUGGAAAUAAAGAUGCCUGCAAGGGGGAUUCAGGAGGGCCACUAAUAUGCAACAAAUCAUACACUGGAAUCGUCGCUUUUGGUGAAGGCUGCGGAGCAACAAAGUAUCCGGGAGUCUACACACAUCUGACAAAUGAAUACCUGAAGUGGAUUAAAAAAGUGAUACAAUCCUACUAAAAACGGGCAACAACAAAACAUUGGAUAGUGUUCAUGUUAUCAUUACUCUGCUAUUUCAUGUUUAAAUGAACCACUUCACAGUUUCAGUGAUACUUUUAUCUGAAGUGUGCAAGGCUUAUUUGUUAGGUAGCACUAGCCUUAAAAAUCCUGGCCUACUUGUACAAAUAACCCAAAAUUUGUUGUUUUUUUAGUGCUAGACUAUAGGUGUUUUAUAGAUCAUCUGUGUGCAAAUAUCACAUAAUGCACUUACUUUGUAAUUGCUUUGUAGAAAUUAUUAUUUUAGUUAACUAAUUUUAGGGGUAGGAGGUGAAGCAUUUAACUUUUUUGGAUGAAUGUUUUCUUGAUUUUUGAACGUAUUAUGUAUUACUGUUGGUAUUUUGUUCUGUUUAGUAAAAUUAAAUUUUAAAAAAGGUUAAUUUUGUUGACUUGUAUAAAAUAAAUGUGCA